ACACGCCGAGCAGGAGGCAGAAGAUCCGCAGCAGGAGUCCCGUUAGGAGUUACCUCUGAUGGUGUCUGAGGUUAUUUCUUCCUAACUGAGGUCUGACUGCACCUGCCUCCAGGAAAGACUUUUUUUUCAUCCCCAAACUGUCACCGUCUCGGCAGGGUUUUUGUUUGGUUCUUUCUUCUCAGAAAACCACCAAAACGGAGCCGAACGAGGACGACGGACAGCGACCCUCCCUCACCUCCGCAAUCAUGAUGUCGAUGAACAGCAAGCAGCCUUUCAGCAUGCACCCCAUCCUCCACGAACCCAAGUACACCCCGCUGCACUCCAGCUCCGAGGCCAUCCGCAGAGCCUGUCUGCCCACGCCGUCGCUCCAGGGCAACAUCUUCGCCGGCUUCGAUGAGACGCUGCUGCAGAGAGCCGAGGCUCUGGCCGCCGUGGACAUCGUGGCCCAGAAGAGUCACCCGUUCAAGCCGGACGCCACCUACCACACCAUGACCACGAUGACCAGCAUGACCUGCACCCCCACCUCCUCCUCGGCGCACCUGCACCACCCGUCCGUGCUCACCUCCCACCACCACCACCCGGCGCACCACCAGCCGGCGCAGGGCCUGGAGGGCGACCUGCUGGACCACCUCACGCCGGGGAUCUCCCUGGGAGGCAUGACCGGCUCGGACGUCUGCUCCACGGCCUCGCACACCGCCCACGCCGCCCACAUGUCGGCCAUCAACCACAUGCAGCACCACCACCACCCGCAGUCCAUGAACAUGCACCCGCACGGCCUGGGCUCCCACAGCACCCUGGGGGCCGCCGGCGGGGACGCGGAGCCGGAUCCCAGGGAGCUGGAGUCGUUCGCAGAGAGGUUCAAACAGAGGCGGAUCAAACUCGGGGUGACCCAGGCGGACGUGGGGGCGGCCCUGGCCAACCUCAAGAUCCCCGGGGUGGGCUGUCUGAGUCAGAGCACCAUCUGCAGGUUCGAGUCCCUGACGCUGUCGCACAACAACAUGGUGGCGCUGAAGCCCAUCCUGGAGGCCUGGCUGGAGGAGGCGGAGCGCGCUCAGCGGGAGAAGAUGUCCAAGCCGGAGAUUUUCAACGGCGGCGACAAAAAGAGGAAACGCACGUCUAUCGCUGCCCCGGAGAAGCGCUCUCUGGAGGCCUAUUUCGCCGUGCAGCCGAGGCCCUCGUCGGAGAAGAUCGCCGCGAUCGCCGAGAAGCUGGACCUGAAAAAGAACGUGGUCCGGGUUUGGUUCUGCAAUCAGAGGCAAAAGCAGAAACGAAUGAAGUUUUCUGCGACGCAUUAAGAGAGCAGCGGACGUUUUCAAAAAGACAAAUCAGAGACGAGCUGCUGCUGCACACUGUCAGAAAAACUAAAAAAAAACAAGGUACACCGCUGUGCCUUCGGCUCCAGGGGCCACGCAGGGCUCCAGAGAUGCGCACUUAGAAAAAA